UCAGCUGAGUUUUGUUUACCUUGAGAGCAGUGGCAGGAAGGAAGGCGCUGGGAAGGGCCGACCUCUUCCCUCCUCUCUCUCUCUCUCUCUUUUUAUCUCUCUCCCCACCCCCUCACACACCACUCUAAUGGCUACCUCAAUACCCACCGCAGUCUCCGGCUCCUCCAGCACCGUCAUCGAGCCGGAAACUCUGCAUCUGGGUCCCGAGGAGCAGGUUUCUAGUGGUGUUGUAAGGCUGAAGUUACACAAGCCAAGAACGAAGAAAGUGAGCUGGACGAAUGACACAGUCGACAAUGAAAAUAUGGGAAAGAAGAAAUCAAAGUGUUGUUGUGUUUAUGUGAAACCACAUGAAUUCAAUGAGAGCAGUUCAGACUCGGAUGAUGAAUGCCAACAUUGCUCGGGACAUGUAGAAAAGAAGAAAAAACCUCCGCUGCCAGAAGACUCGCAGGGCAAUGAAGAGCCACCAAAGCAGAAGUGAACUUUAAACAGUGACAAAUCUGAUGACAGGUUGACUUAGAUAAUAAUUGAUGUUCUCAUGUCAUCGUCCUUUACAGUUUGUUGUAAGAUAAAUGGUAAUAGAUGAAGUGAGUUGUCAUGUUUAGGACUGUACAAGACUAUUUUCCAUACCAAAUACCACUUUACUUGUUUGUGUUAAUGUUAUUGUUACUAAUCCAGUACCUGGGCCAGAUGUAGUUCCCAGCAGUUUACAUGUAAAGUACAGUAUAUUCAUCAUUUUUAGUUUGCAAUAUGUGGUAAAAUUCAUAGACCUGAAGCUGGCUUACAGUGAUGUACUUUUUUUUUUUUUUUUAAUUAUGGACAUUAUUUUCCCUAUUGGUAGACUAAAACUACAUCAGACAUUUCUGGGACGGUACAUUUGCAGUACAGUAGUGUUAUAAUAUAUAUAUUAUAUAUAUAUAUAAUAAAUAUAUUGUAUAACAUAAAUAUGAAGUAUAUGUAAACCAUGUUGGAGUGAUUGUCCGCAGCGCUUUACUUUGUGGACUACACCUAAUGAAAAUAGUCGUGGCUUCCAGGUUGUGGGAAGUGUGUGUGUGUACAGUGCUAUAAUGGAAGAUAUUUUUGAUAGAAAAGUUAUCAGGAUGCAUUACAUAGUUAACGGUUGGUAAGCAAAUGCUGUAUAUAGUUCAGCAGUUAUUGGAAUAAGUACUUCUAGUUAUUUAAUACUGGUAUUAUUGGGACAAUUUACCCAUAUCAAAUACUGAUACUCUUGCUUUCAAGAUACGGUAUAGUGCGUGCCUGGCCCACGCACACUCGCCUCUAGAGAAUUGUUCCAUUUAUUGUUUCACCUUUGAUUUGGAGCCUUUUAUAUUUGUUAAGGUUUUCAUGUAUCAUGAAUGCUGGUUUGAUUUGAACAAAUCUUAGCUUAAUUUACAGCGGUUUUAAGACUAUUUGAUGAAAUAUCAUUUCAUUUUGGUAUGACACAUCAUCAGGAAAAUUAUAUAUAUUCAACUUUAAUGUUUUAUCACGUCUCUUCCUAGUCCUGAAUGCAAGUUGCAAAUGAAAGAGAAGAAGAACAAACUUUAGUAGAGGUCAUCAAAUGGGAUAUUGGUAUAUAUCUUUAGUGUUGUAAGCUUUAACCAGAUUUUAAACCACUAUAAUCUCAGUUACCCUGUUGAGUCUUUUGAACACUAAGAUAACACACGAGUCCAUGGUACUCAAACUUACAAUAUAAUUGUAUACAAGUAAAUACUGUACAAUAGUAUUGGCAUCCAAUAGUUUAAGAUGCAACAAGCAUUUGUAUUACCAAUAAUACUCAACGGGAACCACCAAAAAUGAAUUGAAAAGUUUGGCAACUCUUAUCUUGCAUGAUUUUACACCUUAGUGAAAGUUCUGUGGGGUAGGAAACAGGGAACAUUGCUAAUUUUAAUAUUCAAACCGUAAUUUUUGUUUUAAGUUUAUUUCACUGGUGUGUUUGACACAGUGAAACAUAAAAAACAUUUACUGUAUGUUUGUACCAUCCUUCAGUGUUGCUUAAAAGAAAGAAUUGCAACAUUAUUUAUAUUUAUAAUCUUAUGGUCAUGUAUACAUUUAAUUUAAAUAUAGGUAUAAACAUUCACACAAAAAUUUAAGAUCCAGUAUCACAAUGUUUUUAAUGUGUGCAAUUGAAAUUCAGCUUACAUACAUUUCUAUAAUUUAGGAUAUGUAUUCCCACAGUGUAAUACCUGUAGUUCAAUGGCAUUCUUGUUUAACUGAGUAUUCAGUUUUGCAUGGCUUGUUUUAAUAGUUUAUUUAAUCAGCAUUCAGAUGAUUGCAAGAUUUUAAGUGACAUACCAAAGCAAAAUACAUUCAUAAAAACAUUUCUAGUCUUAUGCGCUCCAUAUUUAUUAGUCUAAUUGCGACAGUUAAAUAAAAAGGCUUGUUAUAAGUCUGCUGGAGUAAACAGAUAAAUUAUUAUAUGCUUUCUCUAAAUGAAACUAAUAAUAAUUGUAUAAACCUUUUUUUCUUUUAUAUAAGAAACAUGGUAGGAAUUUAUAAUACAACCAUAUACAAAGCCAAAUUCUGCUAUGUAGGAGAUGGAGCUUCAGUUAUUGGCACUCUUCCGUUUAAGAAAUAUUAAUUGUUACAGAUUAGGAGAUAUCCAACUUAAUGCAGAUGAAACACUUCUGCCCUUUUAUUUUUACUCAAUAUAUGCAUUUAUUAAAGCAUUUCAUGUUUUACCUUUGUCUGUUUCGUUCUCAUUGAAGGAUGCAUUUUUCAUUCCAUCCAAUUCUUCAGACUAAUGCUGUCAAUGGCUCUUCUGUAUUAAUUGUCUUUGAAUGUCACGGCUAUUUCACCAAUCAUUGACUAUCAUUAUUUGUCAUUACUGAACCACUCUAGGGUUAAGAUUAAUUUUUCUCACAUAUGUUCAGUAAGCAAUAGUGCUAUUCUUACUUGCAGAAUAAUUAAUGUAUGUAUAUAUAUGUGUGUGUGUGUGUGUAUAUAUAUGUAUAUAUACCUUAAUGAUUCGGCAAGUAAGAAUACUGUAGCACUAUUGCUUACUGAACACAUGUGAGAGAAGAUAUAAUAUAUCUUUAGUGAUCUGCAGCUAGCCAUAUAACAUGAAUUUUCAACCCUGUAUUAAUUUUUCACUUUCUCAGACAUUCAUUUAUAGUACAGUACUGGUAUUAUGUUUAAUUAGCUAAAGUUAUCCAAAUUUAGUUAAAAAAAUUUACCAAAAGACAAAUGUACACAGCUUAAUGAUAAGUAGAAAAUAAAUUCAAUUAAAUUUUGGUAAAAUGUUAAUAUAAUGCCUGGUUAUCCACUUCAGGAAUUUUUCAAGCAUAUUAAAAAUAAUCAAAUUUGAUAGAAUGGCAUUAGAUAUGCAAUAUAGCAUACAAAAGGAAAAUGUUUACAUAAUUUUUAGUAAAUAUGAAACUCAGGCCCAUGGCCAAGCUAAAACUAUGGAUUUUUUUUGCAUUAGAGUUGCUAUCUUGUGCCUAUGAGCUUCCAAGAAUUAUUCAUAAAUAUGGUACAAUAAACAAUCUGAAUUU